AUGGCGCAGAAGGAGGAGGAGGAGGAUCAUCCUUUUCCCUUCAUGCAAGAGCAACAGGAACAGAGUGGUGAAAGAAAUUCAGUUUCUUCUUCUUCUUCAAGAAACCUGCAACAGUUGAAACUGGGUUGGGUGAAUCGGCAUCAGAGUAAUGUGCGACACCUUCAAUUUUUAAUGCCUUAUGGUAUCCGUUAUAAUGAAAUCAACCAUACGCAUCAACCUUCGUUUUCUCAGGUUCAGAUGGCAAGCUCUUCUUCUUCCUCUUCAAUAACGCAAGACUCUUCUGAAGUCGAAAACCUUGCGUCUCGAAUGGAAUCACUCACCUUCUCCAAUCUUAAUGCUUUCCAUGGUUACCAUGAACCUUGUUUGCAGUGCGUCAGGAAUAUUCACUCUGCCAACGCCACGCUUCCCACGCGCCAUCACCAUCACCAUCACCAUCACCAUCGUCGUCUUCAUGCUAUCGGAGUAUGGCUUUCAAUGGCAAAAGACCCACGUGGAUCUCGUGUAGUUCAACAGAAGAUCGACGAGGGCACACGCCAGGAAAACUUCCACAUAGUCAAAGAACUCGAGCAUCAUUUCCACGAGUUAAUAAAACACCCUUAUGGCAGCUUCGUCAUUCUCAAGCUUUUUCAAUCAAGAAAUAUCACCGUUGCUCAAAAGAACUAUUUUAUCUACUUGAUUACCACUGACCUGUCAAUGCUCAGAGAUUUGUGCAUCCAUGAUCUAGGGGGUCGGGUUAUUCAGCAGAUUCUUGAGAUUGAAGAUGUUCUGAUCGCGAUAGAUCAAAUAACAUAUGCUAUGAGCCGUGUCACUGUUGCACUUAUGAAAAAUAAUAAUGGUGGUUAUGUUAUUCUACAGUGCCUGAAGGUUAUUUUGGAGGUUGUAGCGCGUAACUGUUAUGAUAUUGCAGUUAACAAAAGCGGAUGCUGCAGUAUUCAAAAAGUUAUCCAGCACGAUGAUGUUCCAGGUUUCUAUGCUCUGAUCGACAAUCUAAUCUCAAAUGCUGAGAACUUGGCAAAAGAUCAAUACGGGUUUGUCUCUUCAUACUCGUUUUCUUGA